UUGUCCAUGGUUCGAUCUAUAUCAUAGAGAUUCAAUUAGGAGCUCACUGAAAAUGUUCAUCACCUCAACAACAACAACACCACCAACAACAACACCUCAACCUCCAUCUCAAUCUCCAUCUUCACCACCACCACCACCACCACCACCUCAACCUCCAUCUCAACCACCCAUACCACCUCCAUCUCCCACAGGACCUACACCAGAUCUAUCCCCCCACACCAUCUCCAUCUCCAACAAUGAUCAAGAAGAUGAAAUUGUUCCGGAAUCAUUAACAACAACACCACCAACAACAACACCUCAACCUCCAUCUCAAUCUCCAUCUUCACCACCACCACCACCACCUCAACCUCCAUCUCAACCACCCAUACCACCUCCAUCUCCCACAGGACCUACACCAGAUCUAUCCCCCCACACCAUCUCCAUCUCCAACAAUGAUCAAGAAGAUGAAAUUGUUCCGGAAGCUCCAACAUCCAUCACUCCUACUACUACUACUACCUUCAGGCAAAGGGCCCAAACAUUCACAAUUGCCAUAUUCCUGCAAUUGUUGUUUGCCCUUUUGAACUUAUUUGCCAAGCUGUCGAUGGAUGACGGGAGGAGCAGUUUUGUCUUCGUUGCCUAUCGAAGUAUAGUGGCAUUUAUGGUUGUAACACCAUUUGCAUUAUACUUUCAAUGGAAUCAAUUGCCAAAAAUUACAACAGGAAUAUUCUUUAGGAUAUUGGCAACUAGUCUGCUAGGGCUUUUGGAUCAAAAUUUGUACUUGUUGGGGAUGAAAUACACCACAGCAACCUACGCGACUGCCAUGAGCAAUUUGCUCCCUGUUAUCACAUUCAUUUUGGCUUGUAUUCACAGGACCGAAACUAUCAACCUAGGAUCUAGACGACACCAAGCAAAGGUGUUAGGCACAAUACUUAUUGUUUUGGGUGCCAUGGUGAUGACAAUGGUUAAAGGUUCCAUACUGUUUGGGACAGUUGGAGCCAUUAACCACGGUCAUCAUGGUGGUUCUCAUACAAUAGUUGGAUUGAUCUUCAUCUUAUUAGGGUGUACAUCUUUUGCUUAUUCCAGUAUCCUCCAAACUAUCCUCAUUAAUGAGUACCACUUCCCAGCACUCUCCCUUGUUUCAACUAAUUCCUUUUUGGGGAGUAUUGGAGGGCUAAUAGUCGCUUGGAUUGUAGAAAGUCGAUCUUCUUAUACAGUAUGGACGAUCUUUAGAUGGGAUCUGACAUUACUGUCUAUCAUUUAUGCGGUAUGA